CGUGGAAAGCACAAGUUCUUCUCUACUAGCCAAUAUGUUUUCCUUUAAUGUAAUGCAAUGUCUACUGCUUCCACCACCCUAUCUAUCCACCAUCACCUCUCUCUCUCUCUCUCUCUCUGUAUAAUAAUACCACCGCUGGAAUCACAGCUCAUCACAAGCCCCUCGCUGUUCCGAAAUUCAACCACAAUUCGCUGGAAAAACCCUAGGUUUACCUCCGGCCAUGGAUCAACGGGACAACGGGGAUACCGCGCAACCCCAUCCAAUUCAAGCGUCGUAUCCUCUUCAAAGGCAAAGGCCUGAGGUGGAAGUGAAGGAUGCGGUUGCUGCCAGGAAAGUUCAGAAGGCGGACCGUGAAAAGUUGAGGAGGGAUAGGCUGAAUGAACAAUUUCUUGAGCUGGGACAUUCCCUGGACCCCGAUAGGCCAAAGAAUGACAAGGGAACCAUCCUCACUGACACAAUCCAAGUGCUGAAGGACUUGACAGCCGAAGUCAACAAGCUAAAAGCUGAGUAUGCAGCAAUUUCUGAAGAGUCACGUGAGCUGACACAGGAAAAGAACGAGCUCAAAGAAGAGAAAGCAUCUCUGAAAUCUGAAGUUGACCGUCUUAAUUUACAAUAUCAGCAAAGACUCAGAGUUAUGUUUCCGUGGACUGCUAUUGAGCCUUCAGUUGUAAUGACGCCAUCGUAUCCUUAUCCAGUUCCUCUUCCUGUUCCUACAGGCCCAAUUCCAGUGCACCCAGCUCUACAGCCAUUCCCUUUCUUUGGUAAUCAGAACCCCAGCGCCAUUGCUAAUCCUUGUUCAACUUUUAUCCCAUAUCCCAGCCCUGGUAAUCAUCACAUCGAUCAGCCAUCUUACCAGUGUGCAUCCUCUUCCCGCAUUUCAAACAAACUGGAUUUCAAGAGCAAGACAUCUGAUUGUUGUAGGGGCAGCAAUGAGGAAAAAAGUGAGGAUUCUAAUGAUGUGGUGACAGAAUUGGAACUCAAAAUACCGGGAUCUACAACUCAGCAGGAGCACCCGGCAGAAGGAAGGAAGGGCAAGCAACCACAAAGGAAGGAGAAAAGCAUUGUAGAUGGAUCCUCUUCGAGCAGGCAUUUGUCCUCGCCAAGCUUCCAGGAGAGCUCCUCUAACAGCCUGGGGCAUCCCGAAGUCCCGUAAUUCAAAAGGUUCCUGGCUGCUUGGAUUUCCCAACCUGCUAAUAGUGCAACCAUAUGCCGACUCCUCGCAUCAGUUGCAUGAGGUCCUGAGUGCUCCCCCGGAAGACUGAACUAUUUUAUUCUACUUAUAACUUCUACAGAGAGACAGUGAUUGCUGCUGCUGCUGCCGUUCUCUGCUUUGCGCCAAGACGAUCGGAUGCUGGUUGGAGUCCACACUUCAAUUUUAUCUGAAGGUUUAAAAUUGUAAACCAACAAAGUCUAAGAGCAGGUUGAGAUGCAGGAAAAACAGCAUGGUUUACAGCCGAAGUUCAUCCAUCUGUAAAAUAUUUGUUGUUCUAAACCGGGUACCCAAAACCUCAGCUUGGACCUGGUUGAGCCUGGAAGACCGUAAUUAGUGAAAAAUUUAGUGAUGAAGAGUAAUGGCCAGUUCUUACUCUUCCACUAGUACUCAAUCCAAUAUUUGCCCAAGUGGUUUUGGUUGUCAAGAACAUCAAACUGGCAUUGUAGAGCCAACUGCUGUUUUGUGAAGGAAAGUACACAUUAGGGGAAGGACCAAUUAUCCUUCGGCCACAGGAAAACUUUGUGAAUGAAAUUAGCUUUGUUUCUACUUGCCAAUAUUCCAUGUAAAAUUGAGAGGAUAUACAGUACCAAUUCUGUAUGAUACCAUAUGGAGGCCGUAGUGUCAUCUUUGGCGGCCA